AUGCCUUCCAAAUCACGUGGGCUGCGAACGUCGACAGGCUGCUUGGUUUGUCGCAAACGCAGAGUCAAAUGCGAUGAAACGCGUCCUCGCUGCAAGAACUGUACAAGAGUAGAGCGGAAUUGCGAAUACCCACAGAAGUCGGCAACGCCAAAGCGAUCUCGAGCCCUGAGCGCUCGCACGGUCGAAGAACUGCCAAACACUACCAAUAGUACUUCUCUGUCAGAAUCCGAGGUGGCAUCUCUUGGCCUCCCCGCGCCAUCUGGCGGUCUGAGCACUUCUGGCCCAGAGGCCGCGCAAUCCUGGAUCCCAUUCAACAUCGAUCCACCGCAGGUUCCAGGUACCGUGCUGCCGGACGACAGCUUCUUCUUAGACGACAGUCUUUUCUCCUUCGGCGAUACCCUUACUCCGUCGUUCGGCCCGAUCGAAUGGUAUGAUGUCUUGGCUCAAGAUGCAAUAGACACUAUGCAGGACCAAAACCCCAGCAAUCGCUGGAAUUUCGACUACUCGAGCUUGUCACGUAGACAGACACCUCGGCAGUCUGUCGCCCCAAAUGCAGGCCCCGGCGAUGGCGAUGGCGAUGGACCAGCAACAGCGACGCAAGAUCUACCGUCUCAGCCUUGGAACACAGACACAAGGGUUGAGCUGAAGGAUCAUGAAUUGGUCUUCUUUGAACACUACAUUAAUGUUGUCGCGCCCAUCUUGGACCUCUUUGACCCGUUGAGCCACUUCGCGAGCAUGGUACCGCAUCUUGCUUUACGCAAUGUUGGUUUAUUGAAGUCGAUCCUAGCCGUUGGUGCCCGACAUCUCACGCUCGGUCAAGCCCCCACUGACCCCAACGAAGCCAUUCUACAUGUUUCACCAGGUACGCCGGCGUCUGUGCACAGUCUGUCACCAAAUGCUGCAAAGUUUGCAGAGCAAUACUACUUCGAAACCUUGCAGUAUCUCUCGCAAAAUCUGCUGUACCAAACAUACACUGGUUCACACGAGAUAUUGAUCACAGCCAUCAUGAUAUCGACGUACGAGAUGUUUGGGACAGCAGAAAAUCCCGACCACUCUGCAUGGGAUCGUCAUCUGAGGGGAGCAUUUUGGAUACAGCGUAACUCUAACACUAGUGGUGAAUCUACUGAUAGUCUUAGACGCGCUGUCUGGUUCUCAUGGUUGCGUCAAGACAUAUGGGCGGCUUUCCGCACAGGUCGCCCUACGUUGACCAUACAUCAGCCGACCAAGUCAAUGUCCGAUUUGACGACGGAAGAACUGACCACGCGCAUCAUCUACAUUACAGCCAAAUGUGUACAAUUCGCUGCGACUCCAAAGGAACAGAACAUCACAGAGUACAUUGAAGCUGGCGCGACGCUGAUGCGGAUGUUGGACGCAUGGAAACGAUGCCUUCCUCAAUCCUUCGAACCGAUACGUAUCGUCGGCUCAUACUCGACUCCAAAAACGAACUCCGAUGCAGUGUCGCUUGCGCCAAUCUGGAUCCAUCCACCUGCACAUGCAGCCGCAAUACAAAUGUAUCACUUCUCUCGGAUUGUCAUGGUUCUCAAUCAGCCUUCGACGGGGGGCUUGAAUGUCUACCAAACACGGUUCAAGAUGCUGCGCGAAAGUACUACCAUGAUCUGCGGGAUUGCUGCUGCACAGCAGUCGCAGAACUUGCCCAGUGCUUUCGUCAGCUUCCAAGCUGUUUAUGCCGCUGCCUUGUAUGCAGAUAGUCAAGAGAAACAGGGUGAGAUCCUCGAGGUUCUGGAUAGGGUAUUGCUCAUCAGCGAAUUUCCAUCAAGAUCAAUUCUGAACGACCUUGUAAAAGUUUGGAGUGGUGGCACUUGA